CCGACAUGAACAUGGAAGCUUCAUCUUUGAAUGAACUACUACUUCCUAAUUUCUCUCAUUUCGUACCCUCUUCAAACCCUAACCCUAAAAUUCAUCUUUCUCUGAAAAUAAAAUUGUGAGAAAACAAUGGAAACUCACUUCAAUCACACUCUCUUCGAGAGGCGCCCCUUUCUCAAGUCCAAGGCUCCCGCAGUUAAAUGGGUCAAACAAUGGGUUCCUCAAGAUGUUGUGGCCACCGGUGGGAAGUGCAUGCUCUUAAGAUGGGUAACAGAGGAUACCAUAAAGACCUUGAAAGAAAAGGUACAAGAACCUUUAGCUCCUGAGCCAGAACCUGAACCAACUACCGAAGUACUUUUUCUUUGCAGCUAUGAAGGCUGUGGAAAGACUUUCAUAGAUGCUGGUGCUUUGAGGAAGCAUUCUCACAUCCAUGGAGAGAGGCAAUUUGUUUGCCAUUAUGAAGGAUGUGGAAAGAAAUUUUUGGACAGCUCAAAGUUAAAAAGGCAUUUCCUAAUUCAUACAGGGGAGAGGGAUUUUGUGUGUCCUCAUGAAGGCUGUGGUAAGGCCUUCUCCUUGGACUUCAACCUAAGGUCUCACAUGAAGACACAUUCACAAGAGAACUAUCAUAUAUGCCCAUACCCGGAUUGUGGGAAGAGAUACGCUCAUGAAUACAAGCUAAAGAAUCACAUUGCUUCUCAUCAUGAAAAGAGUACACCAAUGGAGAUGACAAAGUAUACCACUCCUCCAUCAGAAAAGCAAACAAAAACUGCUAAACCUUCUGGGGGAGCAUACGGUUCGGCAUCCUCUGAUCGCCCAUACGCAUGUCCCUAUGAAGGAUGUGAAAAAGCGUACAUUCAUGAGUACAAGCUUAAACUGCAUUUGAAGAGGGAGCAUCCUGGCCACAUGUCUGAUGAAGCUGUCGUUCAUGCUCUGGCAAAUAAUGCUGACAAUGAUAUGGAUGAAGCAAGUGAUCAUGAUGCUUAUGGUGGGAAACGGCCCAAUGGUAAAAGUCAGAAGCAAAGUAGGCCGAAGCCAAACUUGAAAAUGCCUCCUUCCAAAGUUGCCCAACGAAAAGGGUCUGCUCCAACUCCUGCCACUUUUAAUAUGGUUAAAAAACCAUGGCCAGUGAAAGAAGAAACUUAUGAUGAAGACAGCGAAGAAACUGAGGAGGAUCGUGACAAUGUUGAAGAUGGUUGGAGAUAUGCUGGAAACAACGAAGAUGAUGACGAGGAAACAGAAUAUGAAGACUGAUAUUUAGUUAUGGCUUCUUUCAACAUUUUACCCUACUACAAAAUUAGAUUUUUUUUUUCCUUUCAUUUCUAUUUCCUUCAAGAAAUGCUAUUCAAUUUUUUCUUGGCAUAGUAUAUUGGUUAUCCGAAGACGAAUGAUACUGUAGGAUGAAUUUAUAUUAAUAAAUGUGAUCUUAUAGUUUCUUA